AAAGAGAUGAGGAAGCGUUCGCAGCCGUGGACUGGACGCAGACAUGAAGUUACCUGCGGCGCUACGGGAGCAGCUGUCAGGCGGUUAAACUAGCUGGCAGCUGCUUAAGACUAAUAUUUGACAAUGCGAUGGGAAACUGCUGGGCAUACUGUGUCGGCCUCUUCAGGAGAGAAGCCAACAGGAUCCAGAGAGGAGGCGGGUCCAAAUAUUUUCGAAGUAGUACCACAGGAGAGCAUUACACAAUAGAGUUUGAAAAUUUGGUGGAGAGUGAUGAGGGGGAGGGAGAGAGCCCACAGCCGUGCCCCAGACCCAUCAGUGAAGAUGAGAUCAAGCACCUCAGAGAACACCGCUACACUGCAAUCUCAGACAAGCAGGUCCUGAUUGACCAGAAGCUUCAAGCAGAGUUAGAGGCACAAGAAGAGAAGUUAAGGCUAGAAGAAGAGGCUAGAAAUGCCGCCCAGCGUGAGGCCGCCAGGUUGGCACGUGAACGCAAAAUGAAGGAGCAGCUGUCUGCUCAGAGGACACGGGGGAAGGCAGAUGGCUCCGGGAAUGAACCUCAGCAGAGAAAACGAACCUCCGGGGAGGAUUUCGACGUCUACCUCCAGAAUGUAAAAGCCCAGUCUGAGGCUUUCAGGAGCAACAGACUUCCCUCUGACACAACCAUUGUGACUCCCAACACGGAGUGUAGCUGGGAUUUUACCACUAAGACUCGCUCAACCAAUGACGAUGGGACAUCACUGGAUCUGGAGUGGGAGGAUGAGGAAGGAAUCAAUCGAGCACUUCCAGCGUGGGAGAGGUCUCGGACAGAGGAGGACAUCCUGCGCGCAGCCCUGAGGCCUGGCGGCAAGCAGAUGAACAGUGGCCCAGCCUCGGCCUCGGAGGACUCCAAUGCACUGGAGUGGGAGAAUGACUUUGUGAGCACCCACCCUGAGGACAAUGCGGACGCUGAAUUUGAAGGGUUUGUCAAUCCUGUCCUAGACACUCCCUCAGAGGAUGCCUCAGACUGUGGCCUCAGGUUAGAAAACCAGGACAGAUAGUGUCCAGCACCAAAGGAGACUUUUCUUGUAUCCUCUUUGUGUCAAAGCUCACCAGCUUUUUGCCUCAUGAAUGGAAAUGUACCUGCUUUUCAUUACGUUUUUCAUAUGAGAUGCUGAUGCUGCAGGACUACAUUAUGGAUCUCUACACUACACUAAGGUGUAGUCAUUUUUUAAAUCAAAUUUUUAUUUUCAGUGCCUUCAUUUGCGGUGUUAGCGAACGAUUUUGUUCAUUGUAACACCUGUUACAUCCAUCACCAUAUUUAUUUUCAGUACUUAAUGCCAAGUUAAUAGUACAGAAACAAACACAUUGUGAGGCUGCUUUGCAGGCUGCUAUUAACUAAUUGGUGGAAACUGAAUGGUUUUACUGGUUUUGAACAGAGGCGUUGUGCAGAAUAAAUAAUUUAGUUACUUGUUUUAAAUUCCAGUGAGGAGAAUACGUUCUGAGCACCAGGGCUGUGAGCAGUGCCUAGAGACUUAGUGAUUUCACAAAAAAACUUUGUGAUUGAUUGCACAUGUUUUUUUACUUUGAGAUGAACCCUAGUUAGCGAUAUGUAUAAAGCAAAACCACCCUCAAGGAAGGAAUCCAAUUCUAGUAUUUGUUGUGUAAUGCAAAUUUAAACAGGCAGAAGUUUUAUGCUAUUGCUCUAAGACACAAAGGACCAUCAUAUUCUAAAGACUGAUUCAGGACAUGCAACACAAGUAGAGCUCAACACAAAGACAAUGUUUACCAGCUUUAAAGAUUUAAUGAAUGUUCACCUAAUUUGACUUAAUCUAAACAUGUUCAUAACCUGAAUGUUGUGCACUGCUAGAUAUAAAGCAAUAUGUUUUGAGGGAAUUAUCAGAGUUCGUCUUACGAAACAUGCAAACUUGACUCUGUCUUGACUUUCUUAGAAUGGAUCCAGUACCGGCCUUACUGGUUCGGCUGUACAAACAAAUGUAGUUCUUGUGUAUUACAUUUGUGCAACCUGAUAAUUUGACCUAUCCCAUACUGUUUGGUUGAGCACGGGUCCGCACUGUAGCUUUUCACACCAAUUAGUUUAUCUGUUUGAAUUAAAUGCAUUUUAUAGGUUGCACUCAAAUGCAAUGAUUCACAGAUUCACUUGUAAGGAGGAAAAUAUGCACUAUUAUUGUGUAGAUGGCACAGGUUUAAUAGGUUUGUAAAUGAAAUCAAUGUGUAAUUAAAAAUGUUUUUUUAAAAAGGCAUUUUAAUGUUAUGUUUGCUGCGAUUACACUGUAUGAUGACUCUAAUUAAUCAUUGAUUCUGUAAAAUGGACUUAACAUUCCUUGUCACACUGAGUUUAAGGUGAAAAAUAAAAGGCCUUCGGGAAAUAUUGA